UUUAAGUGCUUAUGUUUUAUUUUGGUAGGCUAUCUCAAAAGUUUAUUUUGCUAAUUGUCUUUCAGAAUGCCAAACUCUGACGUUUUGGGGAAUUAAAGUUUUGACCGGAAGCCCAGUUUGACAGCUAGCUUGGACAGCUAAGCCAGCUACAGUAACGUUAGCUGGCUAAUUGGCUAACGUUAGCCAACUAGUUGGUCCACCGGUGUCUCCAGUUUAGUUCGCGCAAACUGACGUCGCAUAAUACUUGCUUGCUAACUAGUUACUGUUGGCUCACUAUCAAACGUUAGAUUAGCAUCACCUAGCUAGCUGAAAGAUUAACCAAAAUCGACUAAUGCAACGCGUUAAAUGACCGUACUGUCAGUUUGAUAAACUAGCUAGCUACAAGCCAGCCGUGUCCAUAUGACUGAGUUCUAAUAGUUUGAAUGUCGGUUUCCUCACCCUCCACUGUUUUCUUGUCAGACGACGAUGACUUCGAGUGGACACCCCCUUCAGAAUCGGAGAUGAAGGUUAUUCAUGCUCAGCGGGAACGACAGGACAAAAUAAGCAAGCUCAUGGGUGCCUACCUCCUCAAAGGCUACAAAAUGUUAGGAGAAUGCUGUGAGCAAUGUGGGACGAUUCUCCUUCAGGACAAGCAGAAGAAGAACUACUGUGUUGCAUGUCAGGAACUGGACUCUGACGUAGACAAGGACAACCCAGCCCUAAAUGCCCAGGCUGCCCUGUCACAGGUCAGAGAGAGACAGCUAGCCUCUCAGCCUGUCCAUCUGGACAAUGGAGCCCCCUCCAGUGACACCCCCCUCUCCAUCACAGGGCAGCCCCGACCAGAGCACUGCGAGGGUGCUGCGUCAGGACUGAGAGGGCCCCUACCUCCACCAGCCAACCCCUCCCCUGCACUCACCGUGACCCCUAGCUUCCUCCCUACAUCCACCCCAUCCAUACAGCCAGUCCAGGUGGCAGCCCCCAUAGUAGCCCCUGCACCUCACCCAGCCCUGUCCAGUGCUGAGGAUGCAGUGCUGCACAAGCUGCGGUGGGCUACACAGGAGCUCCAACACUCAGCCUCAGUAGAGGCUAGUAUCCAGCUGUGCAGCCUCAUCCGCAGCUGCGCAGAUUCACUGCGCAGCCUGAAAGAGCUUCACCAAUCAUGAGACUGAACUGAUGGCAAUUCUAAAAACAGAAACAAGGCAUAAACACAUGCUCACAAGGCAUAAACACAUGCUCACAUAAGCAACACCGGAAGUUGUAGCAGCUUGAUUCCCUUGCAAAGGUUUUUGUGGCAAAUAUGAACAGCUUCGCCUCUGGCGGUAAAGGUUCAUGUCAUUAUUAAUUACAACUGUCUGUGUAUGCAUAGUUUGUAUUUUGAUUGCCUGACCUGUAGUGUAACAUUUGUUUAAACAUUGCUGUUACUUUUCAUUUGAAGUCUUCUCUGGAUUCAUGGUGAAGUUGACACAAACUUGCAUGGUGAGAAUGGGCACCUCUGAGUGGUUGAAUUUCUUUAAACUGCAUAUAGUUGAGUGGGGUUUGACUGGUUGAUAUUAAUGUACAUCACUUGUUUAUAAAAAUCUGAAUUUAUCCACA